AUGCAGGCGGCCAGAUUUGGACAUGUGAGCGUGGCACACCUCCUUUUGGAUCACGGGGCUGAUGUCAAUGCCCAGAACCGGCUGGGGGCCAGUGUGCUCACCGUGGCCUCUCGGGGUGGCCACCUGGGCGUGGUGAAGCUGCUCCUGGAAGCCGGUGCCUUUGUGGACCAUCACAAACCCUCAGGCGAGCAGGCGGGGGACGGCAGGGACGAGCUCCUGGACGUCACGGCCCUGAUGGCCGCCAUCCAGCACGGACAUGAGGCUGUGGUACGUCUGCUGAUGGAGUGGGGUGCAGACCCCAACCACGCGGCCCGCACUGUGGGCUGGAGCCCGCUGAUGCUGUCAGCACUCCUCGGGAGGCUUGGCACGGCCCAGCAGCUGGUGGAGAAGGGGGCCAACCCGAACCACCUCAGCGUGCUGGAGAAGACCGCCUUCGAGGUCGCACUUGACCGCAAGUACAGGGACCUUGCAGACUACCUGGACCCGCUGACCACUGUCAGACCCAAGACAGAUGAGGAGAAAAGGCGACCUGAUAUUUUCCAUGCAUUGAAAAUGGGAAACUUCCAGCUGGUCAAAGAGAUUGCCGAUGAAGACCCCAACCACGUGAACCUGGUUAAUGGGGAUGGGGCGACCCCACUGAUGCUGGCAGCUGUCAUGGGGCAGCUGCCUCUGGUGCAGCUACUGGUUGAGAGGCAUGCUGACGUGGACAAGCAGGAUGGCGUGCAUGGCUGGACGGCCCUCAUGCAGGCCACCUACCACGGGAACAAGGAGAUUGUCAAAUAUCUGCUAAACCAAGGAGCUGAUGUCACUCUUCGUGCAAAAAACGGGUACACGGCCUUUGACCUAGUGAUGCUGCUGAGUGAUCCUGACACGGAACUUGUGCGACUGCUGGCAUCUGUCUGCAUGCAGGUGAAUAAAGACAAAGGCCGGCCCAGCCACUCACCACCCCCGCCCCACUCGAAGGUCCGCCAGCCCUGGAGUGUCCCAGUGCUGCCUGAUGACAAAGGCGGACUUAAGUCCUGGUGGAACCGAAUGUCCAAUCGGUUCCGGAAGCUCAAACUGAUGCAGACACUGCCCCGUGGGCUGUCCAGCAACCAGCCAUUGCCUUUCUGUGAUGAGCCAGAGCCAGCACUGGACUCCACAAUGAGGGCGCCCCCCCCAGACAAGACGAGCCGCUCUGGGCUCCCCGACGUGACCCCCACGACCAAAGACAAUGGUCCUGGGAGCACAAGAGGAGAAAAGGAAGAUGUGUUAUUGACAACCAUGCUUCGGAAUGGAGCCCCCUUCACCAGACUCCCAAGCGACAAGCUGAAGGCAGUCAUCCCCCCUUUCUUACCCCCUUCCAGCUUUGAGCUGUGGAGCUCAGAUCGGUCCCGGACAUGUCACAACCGGAAGGCAGACCCCAUGAAGACUGUGCGGCCCCAGAGAGCCAGCAGGGGGCAACCUGUGGGCGGCGGGAGCACAGACACUACUCCCGUCAGGCCAGUUAAAUUUCCGUCUCUCUCCAGAAGCCCAGCCUCUCCUGCCAAUUCUGGAAACUUCAACCACUCACCUCAUUCUUCUGGUGGCUCCAGUGGGGUAGGAGGCAUGAGCAGGCACGGUGGGGAGCUGCACAACCGCUCAGGUGGCAGCAUAGACAGUGUUCUGUCCCAGAUCGCUGCCCAGAGGAAAAAAGCAGCCGGAUUAUCUGAGCAGAAGCCCAGCCAUCGGUCAAGUCCUGUUGGGCCAGCGCCUGGCUCCAGCCCAUCUGAGCUCCUGGUCUCCUCUGCAGGCGGCAGUGUUCCUGGUGGCAAGCAGAAACUGGAGACGAGCAAAAGGCCUCCAUCUGGAACUUCCACUACCUCCAAAAGCACCUCCCCCACGCUCACGCCUUCACCUUCUCCCAAAGCGCAGGCAGCCGAGUCCUCCGUGUCCUCCUCCUCAUCCCACCGGCAGUCCAAGAGCAGCGGGGGCUCCAGCAGCGGCACCAUCACUGAUGAGGAUGAACUGACUGGCAUCCUUAAGAAAUUAUCACUUGAGAAAUAUCAGCCCAUUUUUGAGGAGCAAGAGGUGGAUAUGGAAGCAUUCCUCACGCUCACCGAUGGUGACUUGAAGGAGCUGGGUAUUAAGACAGAUGGAUCCAGGCAGCAGAUUUUGGCAGCGAUUUCUGAACUGAACGCAGGCAAGGGACGCGAGAGACAAAUUUUACAGGAAACCAUUCACAACUUCCACUCUUCCUUCGAGAGCAGCGCCAGCAACACCAGGGCCCCUGGAAACAACCCCUCGGAUGCUGUUCCUCCUUCAUCCUUCCAUCUUCCCACCCAUAAAAGCCAGCUUCCCACAUGA